CUUUAAUUUAAAUCCAUUCACUUUCUUUCAAGUAACACAUCGUUACGUACCUAAUUCUGGUUAGUGUAUAGUUCGAAGCCUAUCAUGAUAAAAACAUCAAAUAAGUUGAUAAAAUAUCGAUGAUCUGUUACGACAUUAGUAUCGAUGGUUUUUGAUUGCAACACGCCCAUGCCUACGUAGCUGUCAUUUGUCAGAUUUCGAUGGCCGCAAUGUUGUGAAUUUUAGAUUUCGCGUAGUGUUUACUUGGCAAAUUUUAUUACUUUCCGCGUAUACAACGUCACUGGGUUUACGUCCGUCCGCCGUAAAGUAUAUGUAACGUGCUAUUCUUAUUAGAAAUGCGAUGGACCGUGCGCGUAACGAACGCAUAAGGCCGUAUUCUUAUGCGGUAAACGUAUCAUAACGUUUGUUUUCUAUGUGAUGCUACUGCUAAUCAGAGGCUAACGAUGCCUUUUAAACUGUUGAAGAAGACGCGGCAGUACAACGUAGCAUCUAAAAGCCUGUUUGUGAUCAGUGUAGAGUUGUUAGAUGGUGGUGUGGCGGAUUGCACGCUGUCCGUUGAUUCUACGGGCCAGGAAUGUCUGGACAACGUGUGCCAGCGGCAGGCGAUAAACCAGCCGGAGUUCUUUGGGCUCCGUUACGUGAACAGGCAGCAGCAGCCGCGAUGGGUGCAGUUGGAACGUCCGUUAAAGCGUCAGUUGGACAAAUACGCGUCUUCCCACCAAUUGUACCUGCGUGUGAUGUACUAUGUGAUAUCCGGUACGAGUUUAAUAACAGAUGAAGUCACUCGUAACCAUUAUUUCCUGCAACUGAAAAAUGAUUUAGUGGAAGGACGGAUAAUCUGUGAUUGUCAGCAAGCAGUGGUGUUAGCUUCGUACAGUCGACAAGCAGAGUACGGUAACCAUGACCGGGAGCGGCAUACAGUGGAAUACUUGAAGAAUUUACUGACGUUUCCGAAGCAGAUGCUGGAUAACGGGCAGUUAAUUGAUGCAAGUACAUUGGCUGAGACAGGGAAGUUGGAAUGGUUGACAGCUGCGGUCAUACAGCAUCAUAUGGCAUUGCAUAAUAUGUCACAGGCUCAAGCGGAAGAAGGUUUCAUCACGACAUGCCAACAACUGAGGGGUUACGGCCAAGAGCUGUUCUCAGCGAAGGACGCCGGCACGAAUGAGGAGGUCACUAUCGCCGUCUCGCUCACCGGCAUUCGAGUGCUGAGUGAGCAUAGCGACACGCCGCAUUUCUACAGAUGGUCAGACAUCACAAUAGUGAUAAACCGCAAGCGAACGUUCAGCAUCGAAUGCCAGCGGGCGAACGAGUCGGCCUCGUUCCUCCUACCCAGUCCCGAAGCCGGCAAAUAUGUGUGGAGGAGCUGUGUGCUGCAGCACACGUUCCAUAUGAGGCAUCAGCAGGCGUUGAACGCUGCCCUACAGGAAUACCGUUUCUUCUUCCAGCAGGAAAUUGGUCUCUCAGACAGCCGCGAAGAACUAGACUCCAGGGAAGCCAGCAGUUCACGUUUGGAGUCCAGCCUCAGUCUGUCACAUCGAGCGCAUUCUACCUCGUGUCUCGAGCUGAGAGACGCACUUCCACCGCGUGCCAGAGUCCAACUACCACAGUACCGUCCCGCGCCCGACUACGAAACCGCCGUCCAACAGAAAUACCAACAGCAACGCGCCGAAGCACAACUACGCUACCAAAACCACGCCGUCGCCAAGCCCCUCGCCUACGGCUCCCAUCCCGACAUACACCGCAUCCACUACCCCGACGUCACCAGACAUACAAUUAACCAAGCCGCUGCUACCGAUGAUUACCUAUAUGGACUUAAAUACAUGAAUAAUUAUCAGAUAGCGGUCCAUCCAGACGUCAAACCGAUGCAUUAUGUCAACGUAUACAAACCACCACCACCUUACCCUUCAAAUGGACUAGCUUCUAACUCAACGCCAGACUUAGCUGUUGCCAGCCAAGCGCUGAACUACCAUAGGGGUUAUAUCAAUUCACAUGUAUCCGGAUCUAGCCCGGAUUUAGUCUCAACUAGAACUGCUUUAAAUAGACUAGGUUAUAUACCUAAUCCUGUGGUCAAUUAUCGACCUAAUGUUAUGCCACAUGGGACUUAUAAUAAUUUAAAUUCAGUGCUUAAUCACAACCCGCAUCACAUGAUCGAUCAGCAUAUUUCAGAUAACAUACAGAAGGUAUAUGAUGAGAGAGGGAAUAUUAUGUAUUCUAUGCCGAUGCAUAGACUUAAUUAUCAAAGGCAUUUAGUGUUGCCACAACAGCAGAUGGCUUCUGGGAAAUUAAGCGAUACUCAAGAACCUAUCUACGAAAAUGUACCUUUACCAUGGCAAGAUAAAGUCACUAUGCGAGAUCGCGCACAAAGUUUAACAACUACAGAUGAAAUAACUAGACUAAAUGAGAGAAAUGGCAGUCAUCCUACUAUCAACAAAUAUGGAAACCAUCCAAAACCUUUACUAAAUGUACCUUAUCAAAUGAAAGUCGAACCAGACAGCCACUACGUAAACGCACAAAUUAUAAAAGGUGUUCGCGAAUCUAGCGUCCCAAAAGACUUGAACAUAUCUAAUAGGUCUAUAAACAAAGACGAAUUCGAAAACGUCGCUCUAUCCAUCGACAAAAUAUCUCUUAAAGACGAUAAUAAUUACGAUGAAACUCCGUAUCAAAGCCUCUCAACUCACCGCGUUUCGAAUAACAAUACGAUAAGUAAAACGAACGAUAAUAUAACAAGCAUAAGCGUGCCCGAUAUACGCGUAAACGACUCAGCUUUGUCAAGUUCUGUCAUGAAUUCGACUUACAGCACCAGUGUAGAGUUAGACUCGACAAAAAACAGUGUUACUAUGAAUGUCAGUAGUAAUAGUAAUGUAAGUAAAGAGAAGAAACGAAGAAGAUGGGGUGUGUUUAUGGGGAGGAAGGAGGUGAAAAGUGCGACCCUGGGGAGAGACAGAGCGAAGCCGCAGCCCCAGCCGGCGAAUAAGCAUCGGUGGUCGACAGGCCUGCCCAAGUUUCAGCCGCUGCCGCCCAGUAUUACCAAAGAAACUAUGUGCCAACUCCUAGAACGCAAGAUGUCGGACGACCAGCUCUCAUUCGCAUUCGAACAAAUCCCCAAAGGCCGAGCCACGGGCGGCUCCGUCCGCACUGCGCUGCUACCUCAACACGCCGCGCUCAACGGACUGAGCACGGACGAUUUACCCUAUGAAGACAAUAGGGUGAAGCUGCAUCCUACGCCAGCCAAUCCACAUGGGUAUAUGAACGCGUCACAUAUAACAAUGACCGUAGGCAGUACACAGCGCUUCUAUGUGGUAGCGAAGGUGGAUCACAACGUCCCGGCCGCUAUGCUGUGGGAAUGCGCGUGGCAGGUCGGCAGCAGACUAUUGGCCCGCGUGGGAGCCGAGCGACCUCACUAUUUGCCGCCUGAAGACUGUACCGCUGAUAUCGGCAAGUUCCAAGUAACAUCGAUGCGCGAAUCCCGCGCAUCGUGGGGUGGGUCGGUUCAGUUGCGCGUGCGCUGCGGCGGCCGCUCGAGGACCGUGUGGCAUGUCCACUAUCGGCUGUGGAACGAACCCGCUCCGGAAUUAGUGCAGCCGUUUCUGGAGUUCUUAGCUGAAGUAAACGGCCUCCGUCUAGCUUGCGAGACCGAGGCGGACGCGCUGGGCGGGCACAACGCGCCGCUGCUCGUGAGCUGCGCGGGCGCCGCCGCGCGCGCCGGGCUCGCCACCGCGGCCGCGCUGCUGCUGCACGUCGUCGACUGCAACCAGGAGCUAGACAUCCCACGCACCAUAGGACUGUUGCACCAACAACGCGCCAAUCUCAUCAGCCACGUGCAACAAUACAAGUUCCUGCAUCAAUUGCUAUUACACUAUCUCAAGCAAUCCCGACUCAUUUAGACCACGGACAAUAAACUUUAGACCACGGAUAAGAAGCUUUAGACCACGGACAAGAAGCUUUAGACCACGGUCUCGAGGUAUGUAGACCACGGUCCUGACUUAUUUACAAUACGGUCCAGAGGUGUUCAAACCACGGUCAGAAGUAUUAAAAUUAUUGUCCCAAGGUAUUACGAUCUCGGUCGCGAGGUAUAAGUCUACGGUCCUUAGGUAUUUAGAUCUCGGUCGCGAGGUAUAAGUCUACGGUCCUUAGGUAUUUAGAUCUCGGUCGCGAGGUAUAAGUCUACGGUCCUUAGGUAUUUAGAUCUCGGUCGCGAGGUAUAAGUCUACGGUCCUUAGGUAUUUAGAUCUCGGUCGCGAGGUAUAAGUCUACGGUCCUUAGGUAUUUAGAUCUCGGUCGCGAGGUAUAAGUCUACGGUCCUUAGGUAUUUAGAUCUCGGUCGCGAGGUAUAAGUCUACGGUCCUUAGGUAUUUAGAUCUCGGUCGCGAGGUAUAAGUCUACGGUCCUUACGUUAGACCACGGUUCCGAGGUAUUAUGACCAGGAUUCCGAAGUAUUUAGACCACGGUCCGACUCGUUUAGACCACGAUCUGACUGAUUUAGACCACAGUUACGACUUUAAGGCCGCAGUCAUGAAACUUGGAAAACUUCUCCGAAAUUUCUGAACAGCUUCACAGGAAACAAAGUAAACUUAUUUUGGAAAUGGAAAAUAUGAUAAAAGAAUAUGAGAAGGGUCCAAAAAAUUUUCACAAUCUUUUGAAGCGUUCCGACAAUACGUCAGUAGUAUUUAGGUAGGUAUUUAUAUUUUAUAUUGAAAACGAGAUUGUAAAGUAUAAUGAAAUGAAUUGUUGUGCAUAUUUGAUUGAUAAUUUUAUAGCCUUGCGGCGUUGUAUGAAUUGUUUUACUGUUGUAUGAGACGCAUGCAGUAUUGUAUUGUUAUUAUGAUUAAGCGAAUUUUAUAUUGUACCUUUAUAAUUUGACACUAUCGAUAUAACAAUGACUUGGUGUACCCAUAUAUUUUAUUAAAUUUUCGAAACUGCACCUAUACUUGGCGCAAAACUAAGUGGCGAGUCAUGUCAUAAUGCUAUCUCUUUCACUCUUGGUUGGUCUUAACAAGGGUAAAGGAGAUAGCAUUAUGAUCUCAGUGGUCAGUUAGUUUUGCGGCAAGUAUAAAUUAUCCCGUGACAUGGGAAGAACACUAUAUAUUGAAAUUAUUUCACAUAGGCGAUAACAGUCUGUGAAUUUACUAAAACCAUAUAAUUAAACCUGUCAAUGAUUUAUUUAUGAAUUAUGGUAUCUAUUAUAUUUAAAUUAGUGUGCAAAGACACUAUAACAGGAUAAGAAAAAAACAGUUAUUUACGAUACAAGUGCAGAAAAUAGGAUAUUCGCAACGAGUGAUGUUAAAUUAAAAUACGUCCGAAGAUUUUAAAUCGACACGAGUUGCGAAUCACCUAUUCGCACGUGUAUCGUACAAUGUUUUACAGUACAUAUGGCUCUUUAAAGUUUCGACAUAUGCACGGAAAGUGCUCAUUCCCGCACGCGUGCGGAAAAGUAGCACUAGUAUAACUACAUAUUCUGAAACAAAGCUAAAACCUAUAAUCUUGUCAUUAUUAUAAGAUGGUGUCACAAUAAUUUCUAAUUUGAUCUGCUCAAAAAUGUAUUAACGGUUAAUAUAGAUGUAUAAAUUUAUCAUAUUAUUGCACCAUUCAUUAACUUUUCUAUUUUUUUUAUUUAAUGAAUAUCAAAUAGAUUUAUAGGUAAAAAACUUAAGUAAGUCACCUGUUGUAUGUAGUUGUGACGUGUUCGAAUAGACAAUACAUGUUUAAAAGACACACACAAACAAAACAAAUGUCUAUUCGAACACGUCACAACUACAUACAACAGGUGACUUACUUAAGUUUUUUACCUAAACCCUAAUUUGUUAUAAAUAACAUGAUGCAACUUAUUUCCAAAACUGCAUUAGUUAAGAUUACAUUUGUGUUGUUAAACUAGUCAAAGUUUAUGAAAAUAAAUUGCAAUUCGGUACACGGCGGGAAGAAGAUUACUUGACAUAUUGAAGAAAUUUGAACCUUAUGUAGUUCUAUUUUAAGUUCAAAUUUCUUCAAUUUUAUGUGUCUCCGCCGUGUACCAAAUUACCUAAAGCUCAAUUUGUACUAGUUCUUAGCAGAUCAAAUUGACUAAAGCGUUGUAAAAUAAGCUCUAACAUCUUUAUCUUAAGACGUAUUUUAAGAAAUCGUGUGCCUUAACUCAGAGAUUAUUAUAGGGAUCUGAAGUUAUUCUCGUGUGCCUUCGUAGUUAGUUAAUUUAUAAUUGAAUUUUAUAUACUUAUUUUUAUUUUAUAUGAUAUUUGGCUACAAUUUGUUAGUGAUUUAAUAAACUGUUGUAUAGAAAGUCACAAUUACAGGCGCCAAUAGUUAAAACAUACCUGAUAAAAUAAAAAACAUACAUUUGUUAUAAUUAGUUGAUUUUGUCCAUUACUAUAGUAACUUGAUGUGUAUUUUAAAUAAUUUUAAUACCAUGCCACACUGGUAGAAAAAAAACUUUUUCACCACACCAACUGGUAAAGGCUCUCUUGAUUGUUCAAAAACUAACGACAAAGUUGCAUUUUAUCCACAUGUGGGGCAAAGUAAUCAGAUGCAUAUUUUUAGUUGUUUCCUUAUGUUAACUAGUUGAUUUUACUUUUAAAUAAUGAUUUUGAAUGAUACAUUUUUUAUUACGUUCAUUUGGAUUUGAUUUUUUUUGGUAUUGUGUUUCACUCGGAGUCAAAGUUUUAUUAACCCUCGCAACGCUCAAGAUUCCACUUCUCGGACCACUCGCUACGCUCGUGGUUCAAUUUUGGAAUCUUUCGCUUGCUCGGGCAAACUUUGUCCCCUUGUAAAACAAAUAACUAAAAAUUUAAGGACAACUGCAAACGCCCGAGGUUUAAGCUUUUAUACAUUGCUAUUUUAAAUCUCUCUACAUACGUAUUGUGUAAAUCCCUAAUCAUUUUUACGUGUUCUAUGCCUGUGUUCAUGCAGUAAACCUUAUGAUUGUAUUAUAUCUAGUCGAAAGGCAACUCCAUAUUAAGUCUAAGUAACGAUAUUCUUAUGUUUUGCGCAAACUUGUUAAGCUCAAGUUUUAUAUGCAUUUUAUCGUCCAUCGGUCAAACCAAUGAUAUCUAAUGCAAUAACUUCUACUGACUUUUUGAGUAUUUGUACUUCUUUGUGAAAUAAUUGAUAUUUAUAUUAUUAAAUCAGUUUUUUGUA